GAUGGAGGUAGACAUGGAUAUGGACAAAGAGAAAGGGAAUGAGAAAAAGGAGGAGGAGGAGGGUGAGACAGAGUCGAAGAAGAAUGAGGGAAAGGCUUCUCAAUCGUCCAGCCCUACAGAAUUAGCCUCUGCAGCAGCCACCGAUGCCACAUCCUCAAGCAAGAAGCGGACGUUGUCCGGACGGAGAAAAGACCGAAGAGAAGGCGGGAGAGGCGACCGCAGAGGAGGAGAGGGGGGGCAAGCGGCCGAGGGUGGAGGGCCUCCAACUGGAGGUAGAAGCGCAGAUAGAGCUCAAGAUCACCGACGGUGCUGCUGGCAGCCGCCUGAAAAUUGAGAAGGUGGUGCAAAAGCUGGUGGAGGAGCGGCUUCGCGUGCUGGAGCUGACUGUGUUUGACCGUACUCUCCAGGAGCUGAAGGAGAGAGUGGAGAAGAUCGACUGUGCUACCAAGCACCAGGGCACACUCAACACACUACAGGCCAGAAUCGCCCGACUAGUCAAGAAAUUUGGAGCUGCUAACCAGGCAUCGGAGAACAGCAGAAAGGUCCAAGAGGGUGUGAAGCCAGACAUGGUCGUGUUGUCAGCCAAACCCAAGCAAAGGACGGUUGGAAAUGGUGUAAGGAGCACACUUUACAAAGCACUGAGGGCAGAACUGCCAGAUGUGGACAUGCUCAAAGCACUGAGGGCAGAACUGCUUGAUCUGGACGUGCUCAAAGUGGCUGAGGUAUAUAGCGAUUUCCCUGCGAACUUGGCGCCACUCAUCACCACCAUGGCCAUUAGUUCUGAUGUUCCACUAGUCCAGUCCGCACUAGGGGAAGUGCAGGAGGGAAGUGCCAUCGCCUCUCAGCACCCAGUAGCACCCACCAGGACCAUCCAGUUGCACUCAGAUGUACCUCCACCUCCACCUCUGCCGUUGGCUGAUUACAGGUUGGAGCCUACAGCCUGUCAAUUUGUUUGCAGUGUACAACAACAACUUCACCUGGCCUCCCUGCAGACAAGUAUUGAAAUGGCCAGACAGGUGGAGGCUUCCACGCGGGACCAGAGCUCAUCUGCAGAGUGGCAUCAGGUUCGCAGACCACGGCUAACGCCCUCACGCUUUAGAGAAGUGUGCCAUGUUCGAGGUGAGAGUGCAGCACAGCAGCUCGCUCAGAGGAUUUGGAAGGGCACAGUUCAGACUGCUGCCAUGAAGAGGGGCCUGGUACUUGAACCUUUUGUCACGGAGGAGUACUGCAGGGUCACAAACACAAACUAUUGGCCCUGUGGGUUUAUCAUCCACCCCGAUGCCCCUGGUUAGGGUCUUCUCCUGAUGGGGUUGUAUUUGACCCAACCGAAAACCCUCCGUAUGGUUUGGUUGAGAUUAAAUGCUCAAAUUGCAAGAGCUAUGUUGAUUGCAAGUACUUGAAGUUGCAUGGCAACACAAUGCAAUUAAAACGGCAGCACAGCUACUACUGGCAGAUCCAAGGCCAGCUUCUGAUAAGUGGAAUGGAGUGGUGUGACUUUGUGGUGUUUGCAGAGGAUGACGUGAUCAUCCAAAGAAUCUACAAAGAUGCAGAGGUUACACAAAUCAUUAGGGAGAAAGGGGAUCACUUCUUUUUUUAUUUUUACAUGGCUGUGUGUUUGAAAUAGCUACUGUUACUAUUUAGCUACUCUUAGAAUCAUUUACAUGAAUCAGUUCUACUUUUGCAUGUUAAAUUAAAUCCGUUCAGGUUUUAUAGAUUUGUAUAAAUAAAUCAGUUUUGUAUAGAUUCGUAAAAAUGAACGAUAACAUCUCUAUAUUUGUGGAUGUUUGUAAACAUACAACAUAUAAGUUCAAGUUUUGUAUGGAUUUGUAAAAAUGAACAAUGACAUCCCUACAUUUGUGGAUGUUUGUAAACAUGCAACAUAUAUCAGUUCAAGUUUUGUAUAGAUUCGUAAAAAUGAACAAUAAAACUUCAACAAAGAAAUUAGAACUGAUUGUAAACUGAUUUGUGAACUGAUUCUAGACCAUUUAUUUCUGUAUAUUGCCCAUGGCUUAACCAGUGGUCCAUUCUGGUAAUUCACAAGUACGUUCCAUUUUUUUGAAUAUUUUUAUGAUAUUUAAUUCGUCCAUUCUGAGAUAGAGAAAUGGAGAGAGAAGGGUAUAGGUAGAAUGGUAGAUGGGGUGAGUGGCCCUAGGCAACUAUAUGCCUAUAGGCAUUUAUGUUUGAUUGGCCUACUGAACCUGCUUUACCUUGUUAUAAAAAAAGUACAAGUGCUGUGUUUAACCGUAUUAACUUUUUUACACUUUCCAGCACAUCAUAAAAAUAUUUUUUUUAAAAAUGGAAUGACAUACUUUUUUCAUUUUACUUAAGUAAGUUUCUCAAAAAGGACAUUUUACUUUUACUCGAGUACAUUUUUAAGGGAGUACUUUUACUUGAGUAGAGAUUUUCAGUACUCUAACCCCCACUGCAACCCAUACACACAUAGAGAGUUAGGCUACUACAUACAAUUGCAUAACAACAUGGACCAACCUUGUGUAAAAACGAAUAUCCUCAUCGGAUCCUUGGAGGUGUUGGAGUCCAAACCGAGACUGCAGUUGCAGUGAUUGGACUUGUUGUUGGAGCUCCUCUAUCUUCCUCCUCAGGGCUUCGUGUUCAUCUGCCAGCUGAUG